CUGAGCAGCAGCCAGUUGUGUUUUUCCCCUCGUCGGGCUCACUCACUCUCAUCCUCUGCUCUGACUCUCAUGCACUCUGAGCCUCAAAGGACAGAACAGACAUUUCCUCUGUUCCUCUUCUUCCAGUCUCGUCUGUGACAGGAUUUCAUUUUUGUAUUUCUUUUACACGUAUCUACCUGUUCUCUCUCUAUCAGUUCCUUGGGCAUUAGUAGGGUACCAGUGUGUGUGUAUGUGUGUGUUUGUUUGUGGGUUUCAGCAUGGAAGCGGCGGCACUGUAUACAUUUCGUGCCACAGAGAGUGAUGAACUCAGUUUCAACAAGGGAGACAUGCUCAGGAUCACCAACAUGGAAGAUGAUCCUAACUGGUACACAGCUGAGCUCCACAACAGGAAAGGCUUCGUACCAAAAAACUACAUCAACCUGAGGCCACAUGCAUGGUUCGCAGGGCGAAUAUCUCGUGGCGUGGCGGAGAGCCGUCUGAGACACAGAGAGUGCGGAGCCUUUCUCGUCAGGGAGAGCGAGAGUGCUCCUGGGGAGUUUUCAAUGUCUGUCAGUUACGGGGACCACGUUCAGCAUUUCAAAGUGCUGCAGGACCGCUGCAGUCAGUACUACGUGUGGGAUGAGGCCUUCUCCUCCCUCAACGAGCUGGUGGACUUUUACCACAGCAACAGCAUUGCUAAGGAGAGGACAGUGUUUCUGAGAGACCCGGAGCACUUUGCCAGACGUCCCCAUCAUGCUCAUGCUCUCUUUGACUUCACGCCCCACCAUCCGUCGCAGCUGCGCUUCCUGCGUGGAGAUGUCAUCGAACUCAUUGACUGCUCUGACUCGGUACGUUGGAGGGGUCGUUGUCAUGGACGUGCGGGCUACUUCCCCCCUGAGUACGUCCAGCCUAUUUACCAAUGACAGUGACCCAAAAUGACAGCAAUUCCUGAGGGUUCGUCGACGAAGCAUCCGGACAUCCUUACACCCCAAAAACAAACACUGCUCUCCUUCUCCAUCCCUGCCCGCUGACCUGUGGAGUGAAUGACUAAUUGAGGCUUUAAUUAACUGAUUUUUCUUAUGUCUAAGUUGUCUCAGCUUUCACUUUCUUCCACUGAAAUCUUCAUCUCAACUAUAAAAGUGACUAAAUUGAAACAUGCACCUUUAAACUGUGGAAUACAGUGUCAAGAACUAACAAACAGACACAAUACCAACCAUAAUCAUCUCUUUAAAAGUUAUAAGAGCCAGUAAACCCUUACCAGGGGUGCAAGUAAAGGCCCGAGGGAAGUUUUUCACUCUGCAGACUUUCUCCAAUAUAGUCCAGAAGGAUAUCAAGUAAAGAGCACAGCCUCUGAGGAUACUGAUGUUAGGCCCUUCUAUCAUCAAGAUGUGGGCUUUGUAUGCAACAUCUGGAUAUGACAACAUGUAAACAAGUGAACUUACUGGGAGUUUAAAUGAAAAUCUGACUGAGUUUGGACUUGUUUCUUGUUUAUGUGUGUGUCUGGUAUGUGUUUGUAAAGAUUUGAUUGUGAACCACUAAUAAAGUCCCCGCAUUGCCGUGAGGACCAAGUUAUAAUACUGCACUAGAAAUAUACUGCACUAGAAAUACACCGCUUAAAAUGUAACGAGCUUAAUUCCUUUGCGAACUAUUUCUGUAUUUGUAUUUAUUCCUACUCAUAUGUAAUCUAUAAAAGCAUAUAUUGUAAAUAGAAUUAUUCAUUACUGAAAGGGAAACAUUUGACAUUGUGAUGGAAAUUCUUGCAGCAAGCAUUUCACAGUGUAUAACCUUUUUUACUCCUCAGAACAUCUGUGUUAGAGGACGAAGCUGUAAAAGCCAUUAUCAGAAGUUUGAUGGUUCAGACCCAUCU